UACUAUGUUAGUAUGUUACUGAACUGUGGACUUGGAAUUCAAAGUCUUCUCCAAUGAUCCAAUCAAUCAAAACUGGACGAUCCUUUCACUGCUAAUUACCACUCAAUUUUCUGAAAUCAAACCCAGAGCAAAAUCAAUCUCAUCAAACACUGAAAUCUUGCCAUGGAAGAUCCCUCCAUUGUGAUUCCCAAGCUCCCAAACGACGUGAUCAUCGAAAUUCUCACGAGGCUACCAGUAAAACCCCUCUUGAAAUUCAAAUGCGUCUGCAAAUCAUGGCGAGCCCUAAUUUCCAGCACCCAAUUCGUCGCAGCCCACCUCGAAUUCUCAAAAUCAGCUCCAAAUCUCACUACACACAGACUCAUUUUGAAGUAUCGAGGUAAUACUACGAAGCAGUGUUCAGUUAAUUCCAUACUGCACCAAUCUGUUCCCGAAGCAUUCGAUUUGAGUUGCUCACUUAUAUCUGAGAGAUAUCGUUGGGUGGUGGGUUCUUGCAAUGGUUUAGUUUGCCUGUUGAUAGAUAAAAAAGAAAUGAUUUUGUGGAACCCAUCCACGGGAAUAUGCAAAAAACUGCCAGAUUGCGGCGUGGAAAUAAACGUUGGUGACUACUACUCCUAUUAUACUUCUGGUUUAGGUUAUGAUAAAUCGAGUGAUGAUUAUAAAGUGGUGGGGUUUUUCAAUAACAAUAGGGAUUUAUCUGAGGUGAUGGUGCAAGUUUAUAGUUUGAAGAAUGAUAAGUGGAAGAGGAUCGAGAAUUUCAAGGGGCGUUGGUCGAUGGAUGGUACAGCCACGUUUGCUAAUGGGAAGCUCUAUUGGAUUGCUAAUCAAGGUAAUGAGUUGGAAUCCGGUUGGGACAUUUUGUCCGUUGAUUUGGAGACGGAGGAGUAUGAGAUGCUGCAAGUGCCGAGCUAUGUGAAGAGUGGCUAUUACUCGAGGUUGGGAGGAGCGUGGGAGGGUGUUACGGACGUUCUCCGCAACGGCUCCGUGAUCUUCCUUCUCGACGGAACAACGAGCAAUUCCCACGACAAACUCGCGGAAACUGACCGAAACCUCGCUGAUUUGGUGGACGUCUUCCCCAAAGCAACAAGAAACGUAAAGAUAAUUGCUUGUGUCGGGGGUCUCGUAUCAGAGGGGUCGUUGCACGUGCUGUGCAGCCAUCUGGAGAGCACGGAGGUGUGGACCAUGGAUGUGGGAGGAGGGGAUUGGACGAAGGUGGCUACAGUUCCCUAUAUUGAUGAUUUCUUGAAGUAUAGUUAUAAGAAAGCAUCGUAUGUGCUUAAGGAUGGUCAGGUCCUGUUGCUUUGUGGUUCGACUUUUGUGAUAUAUGAUGCAGAGGAUUGCUCGUUUAGGUAUCCGGAGGUUAGGGACUCGGGUGAACUCGUUGGAGUCGGUGCUUAUCUUGGAAGUUUAGUCUCACCGGUGGGAUGAUGGUGGUAGAUGUUGUUUGUGGUUCGCGAUUGCAUUGCUGGAACGUGAUUGCAUUGCUGGAACGUUAUAUUUCUGUCUUGUUGCGAUUGUAAUUUACUACUGUAUAUAGCAAAAUGGAAUUCUCUCAUCAGUAGUCUGUGAAGUCUUUUUGUAGCAAAUGGUGAAUUACUGACAAUUGAGAGGAGAAUUCCCAAGUGAAGUUAGAUAUUGUGAUACAAGCCAACCUUCAUCAUCCACAACUGAGUAUGAGCAGGAACAAGAGGAAGAGAGAAAGGGCGAUGGAUAGACAAGCAAGCGCGACUCGAGUACUCGUCCAAUAAGACGUCCGCCUACAAAUCUCCAAGACUAUGUGUUACGGACUCAAUUCCCACAUCG